AUGGAAAGGACUGGAGGAACUUUUCGAGCAGGACAUGUUGUGCUGGCCGCUAAACAGGUGAGCAGUGCCAGGGUGAGCAAUACACGGGCGUGCAUACUCCUGGCUGAAUCUCAACCCCGCACUCACCGCAAGCCCGUUCCCGAUGUGCAUCCGUCCCUCUUCAGCAAGGGCACGGCCGGGCGAACCGGUCUGCACGCGAGCACCGUUGUGCUACACAACCCCGGUGACCUGUUUGCGAGCGGCGAUGGGCCGUGCAAGACGCGCCUGGUCCACUUCGAUCCCUUGCCGGAGCCCGGCCGCCACGCUGCCCAGGCGGGGGCUGCCUGCCGGUACGUUCCGCGCAUCUCUGCGGGAUGGCGGUUGGGGGUCACUGCGGCACAAACCACAAGCCUGGACAUUGUUGGAGGCAGACGAACGGAGGGCCGGGCGGGUCAGAGGAAGGGGGGCAACGGCGCGCGUGGGCGAGCGCCUGAAAUAGCUACGCCUCGAGCACGAGCACGCGGUGAGCACAGCGUCGCCGCUCGCCCGCUCAUUGGCCUACGCCAGUGCCAGCGACGCCUUCCGCUGACGCCGCAUCUUUCGUGCGUGGCAGGGUCCGAGCACGACGGAGGAGGAGGGGGAGGUGUGCGCGGGCACCAAGUGCGCGCUCAAGUUGUGGCGCCUCAUCCAGGAGCGGGUCCAAGCCGAGGCGAGUGGGAACACUCGAGGCCCGGGGGAGGCCACGAGGGCUGCGGCACCGACCUUAGACGGCGGCUCCAGGAGGAUGCGGAUGCCCGCGCGACAUCCGGCAAGGCGGCGCUGAAUCGUCCCGAGCGUGGGCCGAGUGUCGGGGUCGUUAUCGAGCCUGCGAGCGCACCUAGCGUUGCUCUGGCGGCAGACCACACGGAUACCCUCGUCAGCGUCGUGUCCAUGUGGAUCGAAGUGGAGUGGCGUGCGCUCAACCACGGCGUCGCGUUCCCCACUAUCGCCGCCCUGCGCAUGGCAGCUGUCCCAUUCAAUAGCGUGUUCCAGAAGAUCCUUGCCCACCCGGAAGGUGGGGCGUUACGCUUGAAACCAGAUAUGUUUGGCUUGUUUGACCUUACCGGCUGCGUUCACGAACAAGCCGAAGAGGAAGGGGGGGAGUAUGAGGGUUGCGAUGGCGCGGAAGGGGACGGGGGUGCGGUGGAGGAGAAGCAGGGGGGGGGGGAGGAGGAGGGGGAGGAGGGGGAGGAGCGGGAGGAGGAGGAGGAGGCGGAGGAGGAGGAGGAGGAGUCGGGAGAGGAGGAGGUGGUGGUGGUGGUGAACGGGGAGAAGGAUGGAGUAAAGACAGGGAAUGAGGGGCCAGGGGAGCAGGAGGCACCGACCUUGACAGCGGCGGGGGAGGGGGAAGAGGGGCUGCUGCUGGGGAGGGGGGAGCGGGAGGUGGGGGGCGAGGGUGGGGAGGAGGAGGAGGAGAAGGAGGAGGAGGAGGAGGAGGAGGAGGAGGAGGAGGAGGAGGAGGAGGAGGAGGAGGAGGAGGAGGAGGAGGAGGAGGAGGAGGGGAACGGGGAGAAGGAUGGAGUGAUGCAUGAGGGCGCCCGGUGGAACGGGCCGUUUCUGUGGGGGGAAGAAUCUUCGGAAGGGCAGGCGAAUGAAGGGGGGGGUAGGGAGGUAGUGCCGAAGGAGGGAGGUGGGAAUAAGCGGGUGGAGGCAGAGACCAAGGGGCCAAGGAAGCAGGAGGCGCCGACGUUGACAGCGGAGGGGGGAGGAGAGGAGGGACUGCUGCUGGGGAGGGAGACGUGGAGUCCGGAGGAGGAGGGGGGGGAUCCGUGGCGGGUGGAUGAUACACCACAGCCUCGAGACGUGGAUGCGCGAACCCUAGCCCCCCCUUGUGCGGGCUCGAUCCGGGAUGCCGAUGCCCUUGCACUGAUCCCCAAGGGGCAUGCGGUAGGUGUUUGGGAGUCAGGGAGUGAAACGUGGCCUAAAGGUAGAGAGCGAGAUCGCCUCAUUCUCAUCGAGUACCACAAGGCGUGCUUGCAGCGGCUGGACCGCCAGCGGGUGGGGGACGCUAAAUUGUCGCCUGAAGACGAGGAGUGGGUUCAUUCUAUGAUUCCAAACUCCGCCCCGACGCUCCGAGAAGGAAAUGCGGCGAUCCAUCGCUUGAACGGGAGAGGAUACGACGGAAAGAGGCGCCGUGCAUCACGCCCUGCGCCUCCACAGAAAGGGAGGAGCACGAAUCGCGAGAGCGAGCCGGUGGAGGAGCCGACGAACGGGCCAAUGGGGAGGGAGGCGUCGCAACAGACGGAGAAGGCGGAGGUACGGGAGAAGCCGCGGGUGAGGGCGAGGCGGGGGGGAGGGGGGGUAGCGCAGCCGAUCGAGGGGGCGGGGGAGAAGGUAGCGCCGAAGGUGGGGACGAAGGGGAAUACGACGCGGCGUGCGCAGGGUCGGAAGGGUUUGCACGUGCCGCAGAGCCGGGGGGUCGGGGUGCAAAGGAAGAGGAAGAGGACCGAUGAGGAGGGGGAGGAGGAGGUGAAGGAGGAAGUGAAGGGGGAGGGGGGUGAGGUGAGGGAGGGAGUGGAGGAGAAGGGGGCGAGGAAGAAGGAGUGCAAGGCCGGGAAGGCAGGUGAGGAAUCGGAGGACGUGGUGGAGGUGGCGGCCCAGCUGCAGACGGACUCGCCGGCUGUCAUGGAGGGCCUCAAGGCGGCCGUGCGGGGCCACGGCCGGCGGGGUGGGGUGAAGGAGGAGGUGAAUGGGGCGGAGGAUGAGGUGAAUGAGGGAGUGAAGGAGAAGGAGGGCGAGGAGGAUGAUGUGGUGGAGGUCUCGGCGGCCCAGCUGCAUGCGGACUCGCCGGCUGUCAUGGAGGGCUGCGAGGCGACCGUGCUGGGCCACCGCUGGCAGGGGGGGGGGGGGGGGGCGGGAAGGCUGCCCCGGUCGAUGAGGUGGCCCAGAGUAUGUCGUGCCCGCACUAACGAUGCUGCUCCGGGGGGGACGUCGCCCUCCGGAACCCCACGUGGACAAAAGCGAAAGCUAGAGGCCUCCGAGGGGAGAACAGCACAGCAGGAGAAAGUGCGUUCUAAGAGCGGUGGGGUGCGGCCAUGCAAGAAGAGGAACGGCUACUUUAUAGCGGAACCGUGGCUGGGCAAGAGGCGGUUCUGGUUCGCUCGGGUUCGGCACGCGGACGAAGCGAGGUACAUCACCGCCGUGGCGCACAUGGCCUUCUACAAGACAGUUAAGCGGGUGGAGAUCGGAGCUGGAGAGGUGGCGGACUGGCAAGCGGAACUGGAUAUCGCCAGGCUAAUCCCUCCAGGCAUGUGGAGUGCCAUGGUCGAACGCGGUCUCGCCUCGUCCGCUGAUUGGUGGUGGAAAAUGUUCGAGUGGUUCCGAGAACACCGCUCCCGGCACGACUCGGCGUCCAUCCACGCGUUGCUUGGCGCAAUGGUGGGGGCACGGGCAGCGACUGCUGCAAAACGGGUCGUGCCGUCAUACGAUGUGGCAAUAGCGUGCGGCUUUGCGGCGGUCAGCGCGUCUCUGGAUGAGAAAAUAUUGAAUGCAACCGACGAGGCCAAAUUUGCGGCAACGAUGUUGGGUGCGGACACUGCUACGGCUGAUGUGUUCAGUGCCGUGGCCUAUACUGCGGUGCAAGCUGUUGUUAAUUUCAACAAGCAGCGUGAAGAUGCCAACGCCUUGGUCGCGAGUGAGGAGGCAUCGCUCAUCGUUCGCCAGCUGAACGGCGAGGCUCUUGCCUCGUGUAGCAAACUCCAAGAAGACCAUGGCAAGGACGUCGUCGAGCUGGUCGUGAAGGAAACCCUGGACACUAAAUGUCUCUCCUUUUUCCCAUCUGCUUGUACAACUCUCCCAUCCCCUGCCCCCGCACCCGUGGACAUCAGUGUGGUGUGGCCUCUACUACAACAAGAAAAUCGAUAG